AUGUUUUACAGCCAUGAGAUCCUCACGAACCCCCUUUAUGGCGUGUCCACAAUAUGGAUGGUAGCCACAGUAGGCAAGUCCAACACUCGCAGCAGCAAGGUCAACCGCAAGUCCAUUCAAGGAGUCAACGUUCCCAAAGCCUGCAAGACGAUCAUCGAGCCAGGAGCGCCACUUGCUCUGCGUCUGCAGGGCAACCUGCUUUAUGGCGUAUCCCGCGUCUUCUCGCAGCAGUGCGGCUAUGUCCUCUCGGACUGCGAGAGGACUCAGACAGAAAUGCUGUCCUAUUUCGGCGCAAUGAACCAGAGUGAGCUUGACCCCAAAGCGGGGCAAACAAAGCGCCAGAACAUUGUCAUGGCCGAUGAUCCAAACUUUGACCCCGUUGCGUCCAUUCUCCAAUUCGACAUGAAACUAUUCUGGGAUGCAGACCAGAUCUUCGGGACUCAAGACGAUACUCAGAAGCUGUCCAACGUGACGCCCUUGGGGAGCCAGGACAUGAGCUUCAGGCUGCCUGCUUCAUCUCACUCGGGUAGUUAUCUCCUUCCACCUGAUCUCGGCUUCGACACGCCACUCAACGGUGCACACUUGCCCUCGCAUCGCAUCGACGAAGACCUUGAUCCGUUUGGCGGCUCUGGACUCGAGAUUGAUGAGAACGGCAACGUUCUUGGCUUCAUAGAAAACACUCGCGCUGAGCUGCCACCUCUCCAUCGGAUGGGGGAAGACGAAGCGAACAACAUGCACCAUCAGCUCCUUGACGCCGACGCAGACUUUCAGAUGACAAAAGAUCGAGGCGAGCCCAACGUGCUCAUCAUGGGAGAGCAGCCUCUCCCUUCAGAUGCAGAAGCCUUCCCGGCGGCCACCAAAUCGAACAAGCGUCCCAACUCUGCUCUCCCUCCAAGUUCGGAACUUGAUCGUCUAUCGAACGCUCCACUCAACAAACGCCGCCACGCCAAGAGACCCAAGAAAAUGCCUACGCUGUGGGACGACGAGACCCAGAUCUCGCGUAUCGAUCUCAAGUCCUGGCAGACGGACUACCUCGCCCGCAUGGAAGCUGAGCGUACAGAGGAGGCCAUCAAGCGUCUUCGUCGCGGACCGACCGCGGCACAGUCCAAAGCAUAUGCAGAGCACCUGGUCUGGGGCCGCGGCCUGUUCGACUGCGGCGUGGCCCUGUAUCCUGAACUCGACGGACCAAACGGCGAGUCUCCCCGGAACGUGCGCCAGAACACUCAAGACGACGAUGAUGUUGAGACAGGGCCUCCGCGCAACGAAGACGCCAUCGAGAAAGGCAUGGAGCAUCCUCCUUCCAUGGGCGAUCAGCACUCCUCCAUGGUGGCGCCCUGGUCCCGUCCCGGCUCCGCCGUGCCCCCAGGCUCGAGCAUCCGUGGCUCAGCGCAGAAACGACCUCUGAGUCGUCCUGUCAGCCGUACAGGCAGCGCCAUUGCGCCCAUUGAGCGCCACUCUGUUCCUCACCUGCCGAGCGAAGACUUUGGCGGCUUUGGGUCUCUGCCAGCUGCGUUCUCCGACCCGCAUGAAGACAUUGAGCUCAAUGGUGAGUCUCGGCCGGCCAAUUUUGUUGACGCCAAUGUGCUCGACUGGGUCAAGACCACAGCCGCCGCGCACACGCCCGAUUCGCGUGGUCGACAGUGGUUCGAUUUUGAAGAGGCCAUCAACUCCCAGAAGCAGGCGUCCAAGCAGGUGGCGGCCGAGGCGUUCCUCAACAUCCUGACGUUGGCCACGCGGGCGAAGAUCGAGGUGCAGCAGAAGGGUGUCGAAGAAAUGGAACUGUUUGGCGCCAUCCACGUUGGAGUCGCGAUGGGAUAA